AUGACGAGCCUGGCGCAGGGCAUGGCCUUCGACCCGCCGCGGCGCGGGCCGCCCUUGCAGCAGGAGGACCGCGAGGACGACGAGGCCCGCGCGUUGCCGCAGGCCUGGCUGGAGAGCCGCCUGCACGGCCUCUCCGAGGAUGAUUUCGGAGGAGGUGUCCGCAUUUUCAGCACCAGCGACCUGGAGGCCCCCGAGGCCUUCCGCGACGUGUGGCGCUCGAAGAAGAACAAAACACACACACACACACAAUCAUAA